ACUCCUGUCCUCUCAUUGGCAAAAUUUCACCAAACAGAAUUUUAAGAAAUCAAACUAAUCAAUCACUACGUGCCACCAUGGAUUCGGACUCGGAAUCAGAAUUGAUGGAGAACCCUCUGGACCUUCCGCAAGUCCUGCAGCACCUUCUUAUGCAACAAAUUCAAGAGUACCAAGAAAUUCAAGCUAGACAAUCAAAGGAACCCGCUCCAGCGGUAAAGGAAAAAACCCCGGCAUUUCGUCCGGUGUCACCACGCGAAUGUCAAUCCCUCUGCACUAGCGUGCAUCAGGCCCUGCCUCGCGAGAUUAGAGACAUGAUAUACGAAUAUAUACAUGCUCACGAAACCAUCUACGUUGGACCCGAGUACUUUGGAAAAACAACGGUGCCCUGCGAAUCAGACGUAAAAGCACAUUACUGGAGUGCCCAGUACAUGGGAGCCGAGGUGCAGAGAGAAAUGAUUGAAAGCUGGUACCGCACAACACUAUUUUAUUUCUACGACAAGAGAAACAAUAACAGAGUCAUUGAGAAAUUUCUUGUUACCGAUAGAUGGGGCCACGGCAUCAAGCCGCGGGAUCUCAUCUGCCGUGCUCGUGUCGAACUGAGCGUGGAGGAGCGCUUGCAUACCAAGUACAAGGAAAGGCCAUGCUGCGUUGUCAAAGAUGCAGGAGAGAAACUCACAAGCGUGUUCAAACUUUUCCAUCAAUUGCCAAAUCAUGUCGAGUUUUUCAUCCGCGUUCAGACGUACGACGCACCCCAUACUGGAUGCAUGAGUGCGUCCGAGUUGCGCGGCGCUAUUCAUGCUCUAGUCGAGGAACUGGGGACUUUGCAUUCUAUGGGACAUCGAGUUGUUGUUCAAUGGCCAGACCUGAACAAUGUCGAGCUUUCGUGGAAGAAUGGUGCAUUCAAGGCGAGUGAGUGGACGAAGCAGCUGGUGCAGGCGGCACCUAUGAAACUAAAUUGUUAGUAAGAGAUGCCGGAAUCGAGCACUGGGUAUGUGUCGCAGACUACUGAAUGAUUCGAAAGUCUUGAGAUAAGGGUCAGUUGGCAGGGCAACGGGUAGAAUUUUAGUACCGGUGAAAGCAAGCACAAUCUGACUAUGCGUGAUCAUCA